AUGGGUUCAGGGUACACAAAGAUACAUGCAUGUAUCAACAACUGCAUUCUUUAUUGGAAUGAGUACAAGGAUGAAAAAGUGUGUCCUACUUGUAAAGCACCCAGAUGGAAAGUUGACAGGGAUGGUAAAGUUUACGAGAAUGUUCCAGCAAAGGUAUUGUGGUACUUCGACAUCAUCUCAAGAUUUCAGCGGCUGUUUCAAUCGAAGCACACAGCAGAAGAUUUGAUAUGGCACGAUGCCACUAGAAACAAAGACGGUGUUUUACGUCAUCCGACAGACUCACAUGCUUGGAGAGAGAUAGAUAACAAUUUCCCAGAAAUUAAAGGUGAUCCAAGAAAUCUGCGGUUAGCAGUUUCGGCUGAUGGAGUUGAUGUAAACACAGGCACCAAACAUCACAGUGGAAAGAGAACAUGGGAUGCAUAUGCCCAAGAAAUGUUUACUCUACGUGCAGUUGUUUUGUGUACGAUAAACGAUUAUCCUGCUCUUGGUACACUAUGUGGUUGUCGCUAUGCUGGAUAUCAUGGUUGUGUGGUGUGUCGGAAAAAAACGCACAGUAUUAGGCUUCAUGACUCAAACAAGAAUGUUUAUGUUGGUUAUAGAAGAUUUUUACCCUAUGAGCAUCCGUUCAGAAGGCAUAAGGGGGCAUUUGGCGGAAAACAAGAGUGGGAGACUGCUCCAGAACCAAUGACCAGGGAAGAAAUGUAUGAGGAGGUAAAAUGUAUAAAGAAUUCAUGGGGAAAUAAGGGGACGAAUACUCAAGGGGAAGACGUGCAGGUUACACCUGGAAAAGGUGGAAAGAUGAAGCGCAUCAGAAAAACGAAAAUUGAGCGCAUCAGAAAAAUAUCAAAAGAAGUCGAUAGGUCAGGUGAGGAAGAGGAAGGCAUGGAAACCACUUACUGGAGCAAGUACAACAUAUGGCAGAGACUACUUAGAUAUUGGCGCUAUAAUGAUGUCCAACAUUGUAUUGAUUUCAUGCAUGUCGAAAAGAAUGUGGCACAAAGUCUUGUUGGAACGUUGCUGCACAACGGGAAUACAAAAGAUGGAUUAAAUGCCAGAAAGGAUUUGGUGCGUUUGGGGUUAAAAUCGGAGUUACACCCUAAGACAGAUGACAAAGGAACGAUACUUCCCGCAGCAUGUUAUACAUUAACUACGGAAGAAAAAGACAUAUUCUUGGAGACACUAUCCGAGUUAAGAGUUCCAGAAGGAUCAAUAUCUGCCAAAGAAAUCAUGGUGGAAGAGCUAGAUAAAUUGCAAGAGGAUCUCUGUGUGACGUUAUGCUUACUAGAGAAGGAAGUGAAGUUAUGCGGUCCGGUUUGCUUUAGAUGGAUGUAUCCUUUCGAAAGGUGUAUGAAGGUUAUAAAGGGGCAUGUGCGAAACAAGAAUCAACCUUGUGGAUGCAUUGCCGAAGAGAAUGUUGCAGAAGAGACGAUUGAGAUAUAUUGUGAGUACCAUAAAAGCAUCAGGACAAUUGGUAUUCCACUAGAUAGGCAUAAUACAUCUCAGGAGGGAGAACCGUUAUCAGAUGAAGAGCCGUGUAUAGUUACCCCUGAACAGUUGAGACAAGCACAUUUCUAUGUAAUGCAGAACACGCCUGAAAUUGAGCCUUACAUAGACCGACACAAGCUAUAUUUGGAAACUAACUAUUCUACUAAAAAGCGAGCAUGGCUGGAGAAAGAGCACUCUAACACUUUUGGCGCUUGGUUAAAAAAUGAGGUUGAAAAAGAGUUGGCAGACGACAGAGAAAGUAUCUCAGAGAACUUAAGAUGGAUAUCACACGGCCCGCACUAUGAGGUAACGAAAUACACUGUAUAUCGCAUCAAUGGAUAUCUAUUCCACACAAGAUCCCGUGAUGGUAGAAUUCACCAGAAUAGUGGGGUUAGCGUUGCAGCAAAUGACAUGCACAUAUCUAGAGAUGAUGACGUUACAUAUGGUAAAGCCUCUUAUUAUGGUGUCUUGCAAGAGAUAUGGGAGUUAGAUUACUGUGAAAGAAAAGUUCAUCUUUUCAAGUGCAAUUGGGUUGAUAAUAAACGUGGGGUCAAAAGAGAUGCUCUUGGCUACAAGAUUGUUGACCUUACUAUGUUGGGAUACAAAAAUGAUCCUUUUAUUUUAGCCUCACAAGCUAAGCAGGUAUUUUAUGUCAAAGACCAGUUGGAUAAGAAAAAGUCUAUUGUUUUUGUGGCACCUCCCAAAAAUUAUAGAGAUGACGAUGGCAACGAUGAGGAAUUCAGUACAGUAAUCUUUUCUGGGAAUGAUAAUAUCUUGCCGUCUGUAGAUCCACAAGACUUGGGUAAAAAAUCCCGAAAUGAUUACUUCCGAACUGACUGCCGAGGUUUACUUAUACGCAAGCCAAAAUGA